AUGGCCAGCGAGGGACUUCCAAAGGGACAAUUCUCCGAUCCCGAGAUACAGGGAAUCUUGGAAGACGAGGCACGAUUUCGUCGACUUGGAUGGAAGCGUUUGACUGUCAUCUCAAUCGUCGAAGCGAUUGCUCUAGGCAGUCUUGGAUUGCCUUCCGCGUUCGCAUCUCUCGGUAUGGUAGCUGGAGUCAUUCUAACAAUUGGUCUUGGCUUUGUAGCCGUAUAUGCAGGAUACAGUAUCGGCGAGACCAAGCUUCGGUACCCACAGAUCGGUCACUAUGCAGAUGUUGGUCAACUUCUGCUUGGCAACGUCGGAUCGAAACUCUUCCUCGGUAGCUUCGUCGCCCUCCUUGUCUUCGUCAUCGGAUCUCACUGCCUGACGGGAGCAAUCGCAUUCCAAACAAUCACACAGAGCAGUUCGUGCUCGAUUAUCUUCAGUGUCGUGUCGGCCGUGAUCCUUUUGAUCCUCGCUAUCCCCCCAUCCUUCGCGGAAGUGGCAAUCCUUGGCUAUAUCGACUUUGCUUCCAUCAUCAUCGCUAUUGGUGUGACGAUGAUUGCGACUGGUAUUCAAAGCACGAACAAUACCGGCACUUUUGUCGAUCACGCACCUUGGUCCGCCUGGCCAAAGCCCGGUCUCACGUUCUCGGCGGCUAUCGUAGCGGCCAAUAACAUUGUCUUUGCCUUUUCCUUUGCUGGCUGCUUGCCAUCGUUCAUGGAGGAUAUGCACACACCCGAAGACUACGUCAAAACACUCUGGUGGCUUGGAGGUAUUCAAAUCGUCAUUUACACCCUGACAGGAUCGAUCAUCUACGCUUUCGUGGGCCAGGCGGUUCAAUCCCCCGCUUUGCUAUCAGCAGGCCCUCUCAUCUCGAGGGUUGUCUUUGGCAUCGCUCUUCCCGUCAUUUUCAUUUCAGGGUCGAUCAACACAACAGUCGUCUGCCGAUACAUCCACGGGAAGAUCUACCAAGACUCCAUCGUUCGCUAUGUAAACACAACAAAGGGCUGGGUCACAUGGCUUGGCCUCGUGUUUAUUGUUACAAUUCUGGCGUGGAUCAUCGCCGAGGCAAUCCCAAUCUUCUCUGAACUGUUGUCGAUUAUCUCGGCUCUGUUCGUGUCUGGUCUUUCAUUCUACAUCCCGCCUAUUAUGUGGUUCGUGCUCCUCAAAGAGGGUGCAUGGUACGAAAAGCACAACCUUAAGGCUGCGAUCUUGAAUGGUAUCGUCUUUAUAGUCGGUCUGAUCAUCUUUGGAUGCGGCACCUACGCUAGUAUUGCAGAAUUGGUUCACAAAUUCCAAUCUGGCUCUAUAAGCAAACCAUUCACAUGCGCUUGA